AUGACUCAAAUAUUUAAUCCAAUAUCAGAAGCUCUCGAAGGAUUCAAAAAUGGUGAAUUCCUUAUUGUCAUGGAUGAUGAAGAUCGUGAAAAUGAAGGAGAUUUAAUCAUAUCUGCCGAAUUAAUAACUCAAGAAAAAAUGGCUUUCUUAGUAAGAUAUUCUUCAGGUUAUGUAUGUGCUCCAUUAUCAACUGAAAGAGCUGAUGCCUUAGAUUUACAACCAAUGUUAAAAGAUAGAACUGAUAGACAUGGUACUGCUUAUACUGUCACUUGUGAUUUCGGUGAAGGUACCACUACUGGUAUUUCUGCUCAUGAUAGAGCUUUAACCGCUAAUAAAUUAGCUGAUCCAACUGUAAAACCUCAAGAUUUUAUUAGACCAGGUCAUGUUUUACCUUUAAGAGCCGUACCAGGAUUAUUAAAAAAGAGAAGAGGUCAUACUGAAGCUGCCGUUCAAUUAUGUGAAUUAACUGGAUUACAACCAGCUGCUGUCAUUUGUGAAUUGGUUAGAGAUGAAGAUGGUUUAAUGAUGAGAUUAGAUGAUUGUGUUAAAUUCGGUAAAACUCAUAAUAUUAAAAUCAUCAAUAUUAAUCAAAUCGUUGAUCACCUUAAUUAA